AUGUCUCUGAGAGAGAGAAAUAUAACUUCUGAGGCCACGUUCACCCUCUUGGGCUUCUCAGACUACCCGGAACUGAAGGUUCCCCUCUUCUUGAUAUUUCUGGCCACCUACAGCUUCAGUGUGGUAGGGAAUCUUGGGAUGAUUGUGAUAAUUAAAAUUAAUCCCAAAUUGCACACCCCCAUGUAUUUUUUCCUCAGCCAUCUUUCAUUUGCAGACUUUUGCUAUUCUACUAUCAUUGCUCCCAAGAUGCUGGUGAACCUCAUUGUGGAAGACAGAAGCCUUUCUUUUGCAGGGUGCAUGAUGCAGUUCUUUCUCUUCUGCACCUUUGUAGUGACUGAGUUGGUUCUGUUUGCUGUGAUGGCCUAUGACCGCUUUGUGGCUGUGUGCAACCCGCUGCUCUACACGGUUGUCAUGUCCCAGAAACUCUGCACCCUGCUUGUGUUUGGAUCAUACGCAUGGGGAGUAGUGUGCUCCUUGACGCUUAUGUGCUCUGCUUUAAAAUUAUAUUUUCGGGGUUCCAACGCAAUCAAUCACUUCUUCUGUGAGUUAUCCUCCCUGAUAUCCCUCUCUUGCCCUGAUUCGCGUCUCAGCCAGGUGCUCCUUUUCACAGUUGCCACUUUUAAUGAGAUAAGCACUCUGCUCAUCAUCCUCACGUCUUACGUGUUCAUUGUGGGCACCACUCUGAAGAUGCAUUCGGCCAGGGGACACCGCAAAGUCUUCUCCACCUGUGGGUCCCACCUGACUGCCAUCGCCAUCUUCCAUGGCACCAUCCUGUUCCUCUACUGUGUGCCCAACUCCAAGAACUCCAGGCACACGGUCAAAGUGGCCUCCCUGUUUUACACGGUGGUGAUCCCCAUGUUGAACCCCCUGAUCUACAGUCUGAGAAAUAAGGAAGUGAAGGACACGGUCCAUAAGAUAAUGGGCACAAAAUUUUUUCAUGUUGAUUGUAUGCAGUAG